AUGGCUGCAUUGUCGUGGAGUUUGCUGCCUGACGAGGUGCUUGACGCCAUUGCUCGCUUGCUCCUCGGCUUCGAGGUGCUGCGGCUCUCGCACGUUGAGCGCCACUUGCUCCUUGUCCUUUUACGUCCAGAGAUCUACAGCUCGCGACUGUCACAUGUUCGUUUCCAACGAGGAUCCACUGCUGUGCACGAGUCCGACUUGAAGUUGAUACAUGCGAUCGCCAACAGCAAACAACAUUAUGCGCUCGAGAGCUCUCUUCGAUUUGGAGGACAAUCCAUUGGACUGCCAGGCAAGAAGCCCCCGCAGAGUUAUGCGCCAGUAUUCUGGUCCACUGAUAAGCUUUUUGGGUUGUACGAUCGAGAUGAGGACGGCGCUACUCCGAGCAUCACGCUGGACGUGUGGUUCAGCUUAUCACCCGCUAAACAGGACGUUCGACACGGCGGCGUCUUGCUAGGUUUGCAGAGUGAAAAGUGUCGGGAGGAAGGAGAUCGAUGGCCGGACUUCCACUGCCAGAUUUUGCACGUGGAUGCCGAGAGAAGUUUGUACUGCUCUGUGACGGCUGAGAAGCCUUGCGUGGCAUUCGAGCUGGAAGUCGGUCGAUGGUAUCACGUAGCUCUUGUGUUUGAGCAUCGGUCUCAGAAGGUCUAUAUCGAUGGUUUUCUGGUGGACUCUCAGAGUGAUCAAGAGCAGCAGCUCGAGAGCUUUCCCUACUAUUAUCCUCAAGUUGGGACAGGAUUCCCUACGUUCUCGCUAAAACGCGACGUACCGAGUGGUGACGUAGGGUUCGUCACGGGAAAAUUGCUCUCCAUGUGUCGAUCGCUUCUAAGAGUAGGAGCCAUUUAA